ACACUAAACCCAUCUUCCCCCUAAAAUUCAAUAAAACCCCUCCAAUUUAUUAUAUUUGACCAAUUUUUCCCCCUUUAUCAUUUUCUUGUUACUUUGUUUCCAAGAAACCAAAUAUCAUGACAAAACUUGGAAAAUUUCUCAAAAAAAGUCUAAGUAGGAGAAGUUCAUCAUCACCAAUUGUUGCAAACUCUAACUCCAACAUCUCCUCCUUUGACUCGUCAUCGCCGAAAUCAGUCCCAGUGUUUGUCGGAAAAUCUCGCCGAAGGUACAUGGUUAACUCGGAAAUCCUCGAUCACCCGCUUUUUCGAGAGCUCGUAGAGCGGUCUAAUGCCGGAAGUCAUGGCGGCGUUGAGGAGGUUUUUGUGGAAUGUGAGGUGGUGUUGUUUGAACACUUGCUUUGGAUGCUUGAAAAUGCUGAUCCUCAACCUGAGUCAUUGGAUGAACUUGUCGACUUUUAUGCUUGCUAAUUACAAUUAUGCAUCUUACCAUUAACUAGGAAACUAAUUUUUUUUGUUUUUUUUAGGUAAAUUGUUUUUUAUGAAUAUUAAUAUUUACUUUUUUUAUUUAUGAGUUAACUUCUUUUAUAGUUUUGUAAUGUUUUUCCAACCUAGACAUGACAUAUGACACAUUUUCAUGUGUGGAAAAAUGGGUGAUUGUAAAAUUU